AUGCCUACGAGCCGGGCUGCGCGCCCUCAUUCUACCUUUUUGCUCCUCUUCCUUGGGAAGCUGGCCUGCCUGAGGACCCAGGGCCACCCCAGCUGCCCAGGGUCUAGGGAACCGGAAGCCAGCAAAAUUGUCCUCCUGCCCAGUUGUCCUGGAGCCCCAGGAAGUUGUGGAGAGAGAGCUACAGGUCCUCAAGGGCAACCUGGACCACCUGGCAAGAUGGGCCCCAAGGGUGAGCCUGCUGAGUGCCCCAGAAGCUGCCAGGAGCUGCUGAGCCGGCGUGCCAUGUUGAGUGGCUGGUGCUGUCUAUGCCUACUCGAGGGCAGAGCCUUGGCUUGUUGUGACAAGGACACCAAAGAAGUCGGCUGGCUGGUGAUGUUCCAAAAGCAAUAGGAUGGUUCUGUGGGUUUAUUCUGCUCUUGGUCCUCUUACAAAGCCGGUUUUGGGAUGGAGUCUGAAUUCUGGCUGGGGAAUGAGAAUUUGCACCAGCUCCCUCUUCAGGCAAGAGCAACUGUGCUGAUUGUCCACGGUGGCGUGUGGGACGGAUCACGCUACCAGUCCAACUUCAGUGGACGCUACGCAGUGUCUGAGGCCACGGCUCCCAAGUAUGGCAUCGACUGGGCCUCAGGCCAGGGCGUGGGCCACCCUUACUGCAAGUUACUGGGAAAAACUCAGGAGGGCAGAGCAGAUCACUACCAGCUGGUGCUGAGCAAGUUCUCAGAGGGCAUGGCAGGGGACUCCCUGAGCUUCCACAAGGGGAAGCCCUUUACCACCUACGAUGUGGACCACCAUGUGGAGCAAGAGCCUGUGCUGAUUGUCCACGGUGGCGUGUGGGACGGAUCACGCUACCAGUCCAACUUCAGUGGACGCUACGCAGUGUCUGAGGCCACGGCUCCCAAGUAUGGCAUCGACUGGGCCUCAGGCCAGGGCGUGGGCCACCCUUACCGCAAGGUUCACAAGAUGCUCACUAGGAUACCCUGGCAGCCGGUCCUCUUUCUCUCUCCCGUACAGCUUCCGGACCUUGGCUACCCUCCCCAUUGCUAA